AUGUCUACUUCUACUGCCGCUGAAGAGAGAGACUCCAUCUCCGCAUUCAUCACCGAUGCAGCCAGUGGCGGGCAUACCUUGGGAGGUUCCAAGAAUGAGACUGAACCUGAUCUCAAAACAUCCGAUCAGCCCCAGAGAACAAGCCGAGACAACGCAAGUCUAACAUACACGUAUGGUCCGGAGCUACUCGAGCGUAACACAGCCUUUAGGAAUCUUAUCAAUUCCUCCAAACCUCUUCGAUCGUCCGUGGAGUCGGGCACGUCCCCAACAGAAGAGAUGAAAUCGACGUAUGACCGGGCUCAUGCGAAUCUCCAAGAAGUGACUAGAAAGCAUAGACCCUGCAAUUCCGGAUGGGUACCACCGGGUGGUAUGGAAGAUACCUGGUCUAGAUGGGCUGAUGGUCCCGAACAUGCACCUACCUCAGAGCUCUAUGAGGAAGCUAAAUCACAAUAUGGUGGGAAAAUUUAUCAAGAUUUUGCCGAGAUGAGUGUGUGGGCUGUAGGUAGAGGAACGACUUUGGAUAAGUUGACGAAUGCGUUGUAG